AUGCCCAUAUGUGGAGAAGAAAAACUUAGUGAUGCUUUUGACAAGCCAAAUUUUGUGUCAUCUUAUGACAUUGGGAACUUCACCUACUUCUUUUUCCGGGAGAAUGCGGUGGAACAUGACUGUGGGAAAACAGUCUUCUCUCGUGCUGCUCGGGUAUGCAAAAAUGAUAUCGGUGGCAAGUUCGUGCUGGAGGAUACCUGGACUACCUUCAUGAAAGCUCGGCUGAACUGCUCUCGCCCUGGAGAAAUUCCAUUUUACUACAACGAACUACAGAGCACUUUCUUCCUGCCAGAAUUGGACUUGAUCUAUGGGAUUUUUACCACUAAUGUGAACAGCAUAGCAGCCUCAGCGGUUUGUGUUUUCAACCUGAGUGCCAUAACUCAGGCCUUUAAUGGACCCUUCAAAUACCAGGAAAACUCUCGCUCUGCUUGGCUUCCAUAUCCCAAUCCUAACCCUAAUUUUCAGUGUGGCACCAUGGACCAGGGUUUAUAUGUAAACCUGACUGAGAGAAAUCUUCAAGAUGCUCAAAAAUUCUUCUUAAUGCAUGAGGUCGUUCAACCAGUUAUUCCAAUUCCUUACUUUAUGGAAGACAACAGCCGAUUUUCCCAUGUGGUUGUGGAUGUUGUGCAGGGCAAGGACAUGCUUUUCCAUAUCAUCUACCUUGCCACAGACUAUGGCACUAUUAAGAAAGUACUUGCCCCAAUGAACCAGACUUCAAGCAGCUGCCUGCUCGAGGAAAUUGAACUCCUGCCAAAAAGUCAGCAAGAGCCCAUCAGGAGCCUUCAGAUCCUGCACAGCCAGAGUGUCCUUUUUGUGGGCCUUCAGGAACACGUGAUUAAGGUCCCUCUGAAGAGAUGUCUUUUUUACAAAACAUACAG